GCCAAGAAUAUCAUUAGAGUUAUCCCUCUUUAUACGCAACCUGCAUUUUUGAUAAUUGUGGUUAAUCCGACUUGUUUUUGUUUUACACAUUGUUUUUACAUUUCCUGCAGCAUGGCUUGAUAAAUUUUUGAACAUAAUUACGAAGAACAUUAUCAUUCUCCUUGUCCCUUGGUGAAUUACGAUCUUUUCACCAAAUGUAUGUGGCUUCAUGAUCUGUCAGCUCCUGACGCAUUGAAUGUUUAAUUGAAUAAAAUGAUCUACAUAUAUAUGGUUUAACUCUCUGCGCCCAAGGCAGAACAGUGAAAAGAUCCAUCAGCAUGGCGACAAGUGGUGAUGGAGAGGAGGAAGGAAGGACAAAACAUUUAACACCGAAAGCAUAUGAACAAUACCUAGGUGAGGUUGAUAAAUAUUCACAAGCAUUAGCUACACUAAGCAGGGAAAAUGACAGACUUAUCUCUAUUUUGCUAUCCAAUGAAGCAAGGCAUGAGGAAAUAGCUUCAGCAGCUGCCCAACUGGAAGAAACAACAAAUAAAUACAUUAACUUAUCUGAUUGUUAUAUAGAUUAUUUGAAACGUAAAAAUACACUCGACAGUCAACGCGAACUCAUAGCCCAUCAGUUAAUACGCAGUGUCAACAUGCAUAAAACUGAAACUGCAAUGAAUUAUUCUUUAUCAAAGUUAAAACCUCAUGAACCUACUCAAGCUUUCAUACAAACAGGUGAACAGGUGAAAAAAGACACUACUACUCCAGUAACAGAUGUUCAAAUGAAACAAGAAUUGAAAAAAGAACCUAAUGUCAGCAACUCAGUUAGGAGCCAUAGAUCAAGCACAUCUAGACGAUCAGGGCGUAGCAAUGCUAGCUCUACAAUGAUGCGACAGAAAGCUAAUUUAGAGGCAGCCAGAAAGAGGUUAGAGUAUGUCGACCAAGAAUCAACCCUUGUGCAACAGAAAGCACAACUAGAAGCGAACACUACUUUAGAAAAAGCGAAACUUGAGAAAAUGACAAAAGAAUUAGAAGCAAAACGUGACGUAGCAGUUGCAGAGGCUGAACUGCAUGCUAUGGAGGAAGUAUUUGAUGAAUCAGACAGGGAAACAGAGGUUUCAUCCCCAUCGUUAACUGAACAACGAACGGCUAAGUAUAUUAUUGAGCAAAGUAAACAUGUUAACAGGCAAUACGAGGUUCACAACAGUGCAGCUGUUAACAACAUAGACACACAAACUUCCUUACACAAUGAGGAAAACAUGAAUGAAGAAACGCCGGUUCACUACAGUGCGCCAGCUGUGAACAACAUUGACACACAAACUUUCUUACGCAAUGACGAACACAUGAAUGAAGAACUGCCUAUACAGAGAACUGGAAAAAUAGCAAGUCAAGUGUCAAGUGCAAAUCAAAUUGUGCAACAAAUACAUAAAGAGACAAUUGAACAAAUUCCUGAUACAAACAACAACAGAACAUUAAGUCUAAACUAUGGCCAGGAACUUUCAAAAUUUUUGAUGAAAAAGGACUUAAUAAUAUCUAGACUUUUGAAAUAUGAUGACCGUCCAGAGAAUUAUUUAUCAUGGAAAGACACUUUUAAAUGUGUAAUGUCAGAAAUCGACGCGAGUCCUGCUGAAGAAAUUGACCUAAUGAUCAAAUGGCUAGGACCUGACUCAUCACGUCAAAUUAACAGCAUCAAAAUUUCAAAUUCAGGAAAUCCAACUGUGGCAUUAUCACGUGCUUGGAACAGAUUAGUUCUACGUUAUGGUUGCCCAGAAAUGAUCGAAAGUGCCCUGCAGAAAAAAUUACAGGCUUUUCCAAAGAUAACAUAUAAAGAUAAGAAAAAAUUGUUUGAACUUUCAGAUGUAUUAUCAGAAAUACGUUCAGUUAAAGAAAAACAAGAAUAUGCAGCACUACUAGCAUAUUUCGACACAUCCGUCGGUGUGAAUCCUACAAUUGUCAAACUUCCUAUUAACCUGCAAACUAAAUGGCGAGAUAGAGCAGUAACAUACAAACGAAUACAUUCAGUUCUAUAUCCACCAUUCACAUACUUUUGUGACUUCAUCAAUGACAUGGCUUCAACUAUAAAUGAUCCUAGAUUUAUAUUUGAAAGCGAUACAUAUGUUGCCCCCAAGAACGAAGACAAACCAUUUAAGACACGACAAUUUGCUGUUAAAAAGACAAAUGUUUCACAAGACAAACAUGAACCACACGCCAAUGAAAACUCUAAAAUGCGUUGCGCCAUACAUAAUAGCGAUCACUUACUGGAUGAGUGCCGUGCUUUUAGACACAUGAGUAUUGUAGAUAGGAGAGCUCUACUGAAGAAAAAUGGUUUGUGUUUUAAAUGUUGUGUUGGGAGACACAUUUUUCGCAAUUGUGACAAGAAUGUUUUAUGUUCUGAAUGCAAAAGUACUGAUCACACAGCGGCUAUGCACAUUUACGCAAGUCAGGAUAGAGUCCAGAAACCCAACAACAGUCAAGGCGGGGAGAGUUCUGUUAACUCGAAAUGUACUCAAAUUUGUGGAAAUACAUUUGCAGGAAAAUCAUGUGCAAAAAUUGUGUUGGUUAAUGUAAGACAUACAACAAUGGAUAAACAGCCAAUCCGUACUUAUGCAAUCAUAGACGAACAAAGCAACUGUUCAUUAGCAAGGAAAGAGUUAUUAGACUAUUUUGAGGUGAAUACUGAACCAGAACAAUAUUCACUUGCUAGUUGUAGUGGUCAGUUUACUAUGACCGGUAGGAGAACAAAGGGUUUCAUAAUUGAAUCGCUUGAAGACAAUUACUGCAUAGAUCUCCCAACUUUAAUUGAGUGUGACUCAAUACCAAAUAAUAGACAAGAAAUUCCGACAAAUGAAAUUGCUCAAGCUCAUCCUCAUUUGCAAUCUAUUGCACACAUGAUACCGCACCUUGAUAAGGAUGCUGAAAUUUUACUCCUUAUAGGGAGAGAUGCAGUGGAAGCUCAUCACAUACUGGAACAAAGGCUAGGAAGUCAUAAUCAACCAUUUGCUCAGAAGCUCAAGAUGGGAUGGGUUAUUGUAGGCGAGACUUGUCUGGAUGGAGCGCAUUACCCUAGCACUGUCAAUGCUAUGAAAACUUUUGUACAACAAGAUGGGAGGCCAUCAAUAUUUGAACCAUGUGACAAUAGUAUUCAUAUUUCAGAAAAAUUAUCAACGUCUUUGUUUAAACUUGAGCCUGAUGACAACCGCCAAGGUAUGUCAAUUGAAGACAAAAAGUUUAUGCGCUUAAUGUCAGAUGAAAUACAACAAGAUGAAAAUCAAAACUGGACUGCUCCACUUCCCUUCAAGAAAUCACGUCUGUUACUACCAAAUAAUCGUCUACAAGCUCUAAAUCGAGCAAGAGCCUUUGAUAUAAGUUUGCGUAAAGAUCCUGUUAAAAAACAACAUGUCUUAGACUUCAUGAAAACUCUUUUUGACAAUAAUCAUGCUGAACGAGCACAAAAUACAGAGACUCCGAAAGAAAUGUGGUAUCUUCCUAUGUUUGGGGUGUAUCAUCCGAAAAAGAAGGAUCGCAUUAGAGUUGUUUUUGACUCAUCCGCUAAAUUUCAAGGAACUUCUCUAAACGACGUAUUGAUGACAGGACCAAACCUUGUUAACAGCUUGCUUGGAGUUUUAUUGAGGUUUCGGAAGGAUAAAAUUGCAAUUACAGCAGACAUUCGACAGAUGUUCUAUAGUUUCAAUGUAACGCCAGAGCAUAGAGAUUUUCUUAGAUUCAUAUGGCAUGAAGGCAAUGAUAUGGAGAAAGAUUUAGUGGACUAUAGAAUGGCUGUUCAUGUGUUUGGAAACAGCCCUUCUCCAGCUGUCGCAACCUUUGGCUUACGUAAAACCGCUGAAAUGGCAGAGUCAAAAUAUGGAUCAGAUGUAGUAACCUAUGUAAAUAAUAACUUUUAUGUGGAUGAUGCACUGUCUUCUCAUUCAAACAGUGACAAGGCAGUAGACUUGUUAAAAAGAACUCAAUCUGCAUUGCAAGAAUUCGGCAAUUUACGCCUGCAUAAAAUAUCUUCAAAUUCGAAUGAAGUUCUGGCAGCAUUCGAAAAAGACGAUUUAUCUGAAGAUUUGAAAAAUCUUGACUUUAGUGACGAUUGUCUUCCUGUACAGCGUAGUCUUGGGGUCAGUUGGAAUCUUCAGUCGGAUAACUUUACCUUUCAAGUAUCAUUAGACAAUAAACCAUUUACUAGACGUGGUGUACUUUCAGUUAUCAAUGGACUGUACGAUCCAUUAGGUUUUGCGGCACCAGUAACCAUUGCUGGAAAACUUAUUCUUCGUGAAACUAUGAAAGAAUCCACUGAAUGGGACGAACCAUUACCUCCGCAAUUUCAGUCGAAAUGGCAAUCUUGGAAAGAUUCUCUUCAACUUCUCCAACAAGUGGAGAUACCUAGAAACUACAGUUCAGACUGGACACUUAACAAGGACCUCUGUAUAUUUUCUGAUUCAUCUGAAAAAGCUGUUGCGGCAGUUGCCUACAUACGAACUACUGAUAAGAAUGGAACAACACAUCUUGGAUUUGUACUAGGAAAAGCUACGCGGGACUGUUAA